CAGCACCCCCCCCAUGUCUGAGACAUCGUGCUCAGAAUGUAUUACCAGCUCUCUCUACUUACACUUCCCCCUUCACAGAAAUAUCGAGAGAGAAAGAUACUUUGUUUAUUGUCUACUUUGUUUAUUGUCUACUUCACUUGCUUUGGCAAAUGUAAUUUUAAAAUAAAGCCCGAGAGAGAGAGAGAGAGAGAGAGAGAGAGAGAGAGAGAGAGAGAGAGAGAGAGAGAGAGCCGCUCCCAUCUGUGCACCCAGUCGGAGACAGUUACCACGGAUUGUGCAGACAGAGCAAUCAGUCCAGUACUGAGAGCUCGUUUUAUUUACGGUAAAAAUGUCGGCCAGACCAGGCUACUAUCGGCAGGAGCUGAACAAGACUGUAUGGGAGGUUCCCGAGCGGUACCAGAACCUGACUCCCGUGGGCUCGGGGGCCUACGGUUCGGUAUGCUCAGCAUAUGACGUGCGGCUACGACAGAAGGUGGCGGUGAAGAAGCUGUCUCGGCCUUUCCAGUCCCUUAUCCAUAGUAGGCGCUCGUACCGUGAGCUCCGGCUACUCAAGCACAUGAAACAUGAGAAUGUAAUAGGACUACUGGAUGUAUUCUCCCCUGCUGCAUCACUAGAGGACUUCCAUGAAGUCUACCUGGUAACCAACUUGAUGGGGGCAGACCUGAACAACAUAGUCAAAUUCCAGCGUCUCUCUGAUGAGCAUGUGCAGUUUCUUAUUUACCAGCUGCUCAGGGGCCUCAAGUACAUCCAUUCAGCAGGACUGAUCCACAGAGACCUAAAACCAAGUAACGUGGCAGUGAACGAGGACUGCGAGCUGAGGAUCCUUGACUUUGGAUUGGCCAGACAGACGGAUGAUGAGAUGACGGGGUACGUGGCGACUCGCUGGUAUCGAGCGCCAGAAAUCAUGCUUAAUUGGAUGCACUACAAUCAGACAGUGGAUAUCUGGUCAGUGGGAUGCAUCAUGGGAGAGCUGCUGAAGGGGAAGGUCCUGUUUCCAGGCAACGACUAUAUCGACCAGCUGAAGAGGAUUAUGGAGGUGGUGGGCACCCCGACCCCUGACCUUCUACAGAAGAUCUCUUCUGAACAUGCUCAGAAAUAUAUCCAGUCUCUACCCUUCAUGCCCCAGCAGGACUUAGAGAAGAUGUUCAGAGGAGCCAACCCAAUGGCUGUGAAUCUACUGAAGCGCAUGCUGGUUCUGGACUGUGAUGGGCGUAUCUCUGCCAGUGAGGCUCUCUCCCACCCUUAUUUCUCCCAGUACCACGACCCGGACGACGAACCAGAGGCCCUGCCCUACGACCAGACGCUGGAGAGCAAGGACCGCACACUAGAGGAGUGGAAAGAGCUGGUGUUCGGGGAGAUGAAAGGACUCAAAGCGCCUGUCAGCGAGACGAGUAGUCUACAGGUGGAACAGUGAAAGACAAAACCCCGCCUCCUUCUGCUCGGUCUGUCCCGUCAGCUGAGGAAGGACCGCCGUCUUGUCUCAGUCUGUCUGUCGGCCGGCGUUGGGGAGGCGGGAGGUUCCGGGAGAAAGAGAGAAACAACGCUGUGUCCCC